AUGGAGGCAUCAAAGAUACUCGGUCGACAAAUUGGUGACGGGACUGUUGGCAAUAACAACACCACCGGCGACGAGGUUGACAAUGGGUAUUGGUGGUAUUCUCCUACAGCCGACGCCAUCAAAUGGGCCGUGGUUGCCGCGAUACUCUUGGCCUUCUCCCUCUACUUCCUCGCAGGACACCUACAUGCUAGACGGAGGAUGCAAAAGGGCUUGCCGCCUCUGGCUUAUCAUCGAUGGCUCGUCUCCCGCCGUCAAAAGGCCGCCUUCUUGCAACAACACCCCCAGUAUGCAAAUCAGUUCGCCUUCUACCGGGCACAGCAAGAGCGUGUUGGUCCGUAUGGCAGCUAUUCAUAUGCUCCCGGAUCUGGACAGGCAUAUCAGAUGGGUGGGAUGUACGGGCCACCACCGCCUGCAUAUCACGAACCAGAAUACGUUCCAGCAUACACCCCUCCGCAAAAAAAUGGUCCUAAUAAAGUCGACCCGGAUCAACGCUACAACCCUCCGAGUGGACCUCCUCCAGCUCGUGCCAGUGCAGCGGCGGAGCCGACUCAACCUGAACCAGCAAGAGUCGCACCUUAA